AUGGGCUCUUAUUGGGCUGGGCUACUAUAUUUAAAUAUAUAUAUAUCGACGGCUGCUUUAGACACGUGUCAUUUGAUUCGACUGCAUCCGUUGUCGAGCUCUUUUUUUCAACUGAACCAUUUUCCGUUUUGGUUUCUUUCUCGGAAAGAGGUGGAAAAUCUGAUGAAAUUCGCGGGUGAAAAUAUGAAGUCGUCCGAUUUUAUGGACAAGCGGAUUAUGGAACUUCCUCGAUCCGAUUCUGAUGAAUUCUCAUACGACAUAGGCAAGGACGAUUUCGAUUCCAGCUUCGAAUUCCACUCUAUACGACGUGUCGUUCCACCAUGCUCACGCGAUUCCAGUUUCCAGGUUGAGACUUCUACUGAUGGAGUGCUACUAUCUGUGAUCGAUCUCAAAAUGGAGGCGCAUUUUAAGAAUUUAAUACAUGUUGUGGAAGGUAUUAGUGUUCGAAUGUGUCAACUAGAGAAUAGAACAAGAAAAAUAGAGUAUUCUGUUGAGGAAUUGAAAGGAUCAUCUGAGUUUAACCAGGGAAAAUCUGGAGCAAAGUUGAGGGAGCUAGAGAAUAUUCUCAAUGAGGUUCAAGGUGGUAUUCAAGACUUAAGAGAUAAACAAGAGAUAUCACUAGUGCAACUGCAAUUGGGAAAGCUUCAAAUGUUAAAAGAUCAACAACAAUCACAAAACCAGAAGACCAAAAUUCACACUAGUUCAUGUCAAGGUCUGGUAUCAUCUAUUCAGCAGCAUAGUAACCAACCAAAUAUCACUUCUGUAACUCCUCCACAACAAUUUCCUGUGCUGUCAUCUAUUCAACAACAUAGUAACCAAUCUAACCAAAUUAUUGUUACUUUUCCGCAACAUUUUCCUCCUGAUCAUCUCAAUGUUCCUCCUCCUCAAAUUCAAUCCCAUCAAAAUUUGCCUCCUAUGCCAACAGCAGAGCAUUUUCUAGCCCAAGCAUAUCAUAACCAAAACAUUUCUGUUUCACAGGCAGAAUCUAAUUACUCGUUGCCACCGCCUAUGUUUAAUCCAGAAUCUACACAACAGCAUCACUGUAUGCCCCCAAUUCAGCAACCACAAUCAACAUCUACAGCACCAUAUCAACCUUACCAGCAAGCCCCACAAUUUCCGUUGGCCUCACAAUUGCAGCCAUCUCCUCUACUAAGCCCUUCUCAUGAUGUUGAACCACAAACCUAUCAUCCUUCAUUGGCUCACAAUUUUAAAGAGAUCUCUUACAUGCCACCUCAAAGCUACAACACAAACACUCAUGAGACCUAUAAUGCACCUGCCUAUGCUCCUCCCACGAAACAAAUGUAUUUUAGUUCAAAACAGAACAUAGGUUAUAAUCAACCUUCAAAAACUACAGGGUACUACUAUCCUGAGCAUGCUCAACCAAGCAGAGAUUCUAGUUUCAAUGACGUUUUUUCACGUUCUGGUUUUCCUUCCCAGUACAGCAAAUCAAUAAUGAAUUCCUCAGAACCUGCACCAUUUCUUUUGGCCCGUGGUAGUGAAGACAGAUUCUCACAGCCACCAGCUUCCAAUUCAUUACCUCAUGCAUUGCCAAUGGCCUCUGAGGUUGAUAGUGAAUCAGGUUCUAGUGAGGCUGGAGACAGCAUUCCCAUUGAAGAUGUUAUUAAUAAUAUUGUAGGAAUGGGAUUUCGGAGAGAUAUGGUGAGAGCGACAGUGAAGAAAAUGACUGAGAAUGGGCAGUCAGUAGACCUUAAUGUCGUUCUGGAUAAGCUCAUGAAUAAUAGAGAAGUCCCGAAUGAGAUUCAUAAAUUUGGUCUGUAGUAAUAUUGAUACCGAUACUUGGAUUGGAUAUACUUGUACAGAGUAUAUAUAUUUACAUAUACUUGUUUUACCAAUUACUUUAGGCUUUUUGGAAGAUGUUUUGAUGUAAUAUGGAACCAGUGUAUUACAUAUUUAACAGCUAGUAACAAUGAGUGUAAAGGUCGAGCUUGUUGGUUUAA